CGAACCCGGGAUCUCAGAGCUACCGACGCCUUGAAACUGGUGCGUACGCCACUUGACCACGAAAGUCGUCGACCACGGAGCUACAUUUUACAUUGUUCGUUAACUUAACAUUACCCGUAGUUUCCCAAAACUUUCUUAUGCCUUAUAAGUCUUAAGACAAUGCGUUAGUGAAAGAAAGUGGAGGAAAACACGAACCACGCGAUUUAGGGUUGGCUGUUGUGGAACAGAAAUCAGUUGUUUAAUCAAUUAUUGUUUAAAAUAGAUAUUAUCUACUCGUUACCAUGUUCUCAAACUGCACUCUGAUAACGAUAAUCUCUGAUCCCCUACACGCGAUUACGUUUAUCCUUCAUUGAAAUGUGAUUUAUAGCACUGAUGAUUAUAUAAAGGUUUAGUUGAGCCCUGUUAAGCCUGGUAACCGAGCCAAAUAUAAUAUCUGUCGAUUCUUUAAAUUAAAAUGAUAUCGAUUGAAUUACUGUCAAUAAUUUUUACACCAUUUGAGAUCUGGAUGCUAUGUUCGUUUUUUGGUUUCCCUUUUAGAAGAAAAUGCUUUUCCUUAUUUAAGAUUUUUUGCACCUAAGCUGGCAACUCUGAUUCGUUACUCUAGUGGAGCUCAUUUACGAUAUUUUUUAAUUGUAAUAAUUUUAUUUUUCUAAAUUAGUUAAAGGUUUUGCAAAUAUCCUUAUCUUAUCAUAGUGCCAAUCAUAAAAAAACACGUUAAAUCUAAGAAUAUACUUAUGUUUUUGUUAUCACAACAAAAUCAAACAGAAAUCGGUUAAACGUUAUCGACAAUACGAAGUUUUCGAUAUCGAUAACUCCAAUGUCAUGUAUAUCCAUCACUAUCACAUAGGUUUAAAAAACUGUGUGGUCAUGACAACCAGUGUGAAACUAUUGAAUUAUUAUUUUUAUUGUAUUAUAAAUCAGAUGCAGAAAUAGAAGCAGUGUAUUAAAAUAGAAAUGAUUGUGUUUAAUUUGUGGUCUGCAUUGCAAUGGUACCUAAGGCCAUUUAUAAAAUGGUUUCUCAGAAAAACUACUCAGCUGUGUGAACUGCAAAGAAUUUGUUACGGUGAUAAAGCUGGUUCAGAAAGAACUCGAAAUGUAGAAAAAUCAUUGAUGUUGUCCCGCACUCGAGACAUAAGAGAAAUCGUUUCACAUUUGGAUAAUAUUGUAAGCGAUAGAAGAUUCUCUCCACCGAUUCAUCGUGAAAUAUUAGACCCAUCUAUUGCAAUUAUACUAAGAGUAAAGAAAAUUAAUCCUAAAUUGCACCCAUCAUUUGUUGGAUCGUUUCGGCGCUGUUUGGAACAAAUCUGGUGCUAUAGGAGUCUAGUAGACAGAGUGGAAGAACUUCGUCAGACUCAGUUUGAUAGUAGUAAUGAAGAGCAUGAGGAAAAGUUGCUGUUGUUGUGGUCAUUGCUAGUACCUGAUAUAGAACUCGAAGCCCGGGUCACUAAGCAGUGGCAGCACAUAGGAUUUCAGGGUGAUGAUCCGAAAACAGAUUUCCGUGGCAUGGGUUUACUUGGACUGGAAAACCUCAUAUUUUUUGCUACAGAGUACCCGCAAGUCUCAAGCCAUGUCUUAAGCCACUCUUUACAUCCCAGAUAUGGUUACACAUUUGCUAUAGUAGGAAUUAAUAUCACUUCAAUGGCAUAUUAUCUCUUGAAAGAUGGUUCUGCCAAAACAUACAUGUUUAAUGCCAAACAGUACUUGCCGAAUAUUAGUUUAUUUCAUAGAUUUUACUGCUAUUUAUUUUAUGAAUUUGACAAAAUGUGGAUAGAAUCGAAACCACAAAACAUAAUGGAGUUCUCUGUUAUUUUCAAGAAGUUUGAAAAUGCUGUCAGAACUGAGCUGGCAGACCCAGCAUCAGUAUUUAGAAUAAAUGUUGAAGUUGACAAUAUAUAAUGUAAAUUAUAUUUAUAAAAGCUAGAAUAGAUCACAACUAGUUAUAGUGUUCACGAAGCAUUUAAAUUUAAAAGAGCUCAGCGCACAAAAGACUGAGUGGUAAUAAGUGUGAUACUUAAUCAUCUAAUUAGUGACUUGUGAUAAUAAUUCACCCAAUUAGUACAUUGCUUGAAGUUUUUAAUAUGCUUUCUUAAUAGAGAAACUAUCAAUGUUAAUGUGCAAUUAUUUACUGCAUAACAUAUUUUAUCUUUACAUAACUAUAUUUUCUUGUUUUCUCAGGGUUCUUGAUAUAACUGUUAGUUACAUAUUCUUGAUAUUAACAUUAUUGAAGCUUACCUGUUAAGAAUGGUUUGUACACAAACCAUGAUAAUUGGAAUUGACAUAUUUUCUGAUCUCUGUUGACAUAUUUGAGUAAGCUUUUAGGAUCUAGUGCAAUAAAUACAAUUAGGAUUUUCUAAAUAAGUUAUAUACUUGUGUUGAAGUACAUUAAAUUAUGAUUAAUAAUGCAAUUUUUGUUACAACUGUAUUUUUUUUCUAAUUUGGUUCGUUAUGAUAAUAUUGUCUUUUAUCAGAUAAUCAUAAUAAUCUUUUAGUACAUAUAUUUAUGGCUUUUUACCCUGUUCAAUGAGUUACUUCAUUGAAUUUUUAAUAUCAGAUAUUGAAUUGCAUAUGUUAACCUAUAAAUUGGUUUUAUGGUCACUUAAAUGAUUUUAUGCUGGUUCAUAUUUUCAUGAAAUUUUUAAAUACUUAUGCCCAAGGUUGAGCAAGUGCUUUUAAAAUAAUAUACUCAUUAAUAAUAUUAGUCUUCAACUUAUAUCUGCACUGCAAUGCUAUGGCAAGGAACUAAUGCUUGACUUCCUUUAAUAGUAUAAUUGCAAUAGAGCAAUGGCAAUACAUUUCAACUGAUAGAAAAACUGCAAAUACCUCCAAUAUUGUACAACACAUUUUAGUCUAGAGAUAUUAAGUAGGUAAAUAAUUAUGAAAUUAUUGUUUAAAGAAUUUCAGGGUGAGUGCUGAUGGCUUGCCGCCACCUAUUAACUUAAUAUUGAAGCUGUUGUGUGUGCAGAUCAAGCAGAUUGCACGGACAGCCAAGUGGUUGAGGACACAACGCCAAACCGACGUUUUCGCGGCUUCGCGGGUUCAAUCCACGCAUAGAAGCAUCUGGAUGUAUUUUUGCAUAUGACUUGAAUAUUAGUGAAACCCCCACAAUAAAAGGAUUAAAAUCCAAAGAGUUGUGGAAGUGCUCACGAUGUUGAGCUGCCUUUUAUCAACCACACUCAUAUUAAAGAGGUGGUGGCAGACCUCUUGAAAGACUUAUGGGGCAUAAUGUAACAUGUUACAUAGCAAGGAUUCAUAUAAUUGGUACAGUAAUAAACACUUUUACACACUGCACAAAUAUGAUAUUAUGCAACAUUGUACCUUACACUCCAUAUACCAGCCAGCACCUAGCUUUAUAUUAGACAAUAUUUACACACUACAUAAGACUUCCUAAACAUGGGCAUAGAUUUUGCUACUUAGUGGAAGAAAAAAAAUGUGUAUGAAAAUUUUACACAAGAAGUCCUUUUAUUUUAUUGUAAUUAAAUUGCUGGCUGAGAUUGCUGGCAACAUCUAUGACCCAGAUAAAUUAUAGCAAUAUUUAUUGUAUCUGUUGUGUGUUGUUGACAUGAGAUUUUAUUAGAUACCUCAUGAAGUGUAAAAAUAAUUUAUUAUGUAAUGUGAAUGUUGUGUAUGCCUUUUUGCUAUUUAUUUUAUUGAAAAUGCACAGAAUUAAAUAAUGGUUUGACUUAA